GCAAGAGCCAACGCCAACCACAUCUUCAACGCCAUUCACUCUGCCGGCCGCCAAUGGGGAUCCUCGCUGAACCACAACGGCUUCGGCUUCAUCCCCGUCGUCGUGCCGGCCGGGACCUCGUUCUACCACGGAGGCUACGCCAAAGAGCCCCCCAAAGGCCCCGAGUGGCUGGCUUUCGAGGUUGAGCACGCAGAAUACUUUGCGAGGCCAAUGCCGAGGGGACCGGGGGGACCUGGUCGACGUCCUCCAUGUCCAUCGGAGGGGGAGCAGCCUCAUCCGGUGGCAGAUCAGGAAGAAAUGUACAGCGGCAGUUGUGAGAGGGAGAAAGGGCAAGUCAGAGGCUAUCUGCAGACAUACCAUACGACGCGGGACAUACAGCUGCUCUACCUGGACGGAACAUCGGCGGGCAAGGCCGAUAUUGGGACCCUAGACUCUCAAGAUGAAGUGCUCUGUCAAAACAACAGUGUGCAAGGCAUUUCCCAGGGCGAGAUGCAGCGCGCAAAGGCGCUGUGCGACAUGGUGACUCAAUGGGGAUGGGACGGAAUCAUGCGCAUGGAGGUUGGCUUCGAAGUCAUAUACUGCAACUUCAGCGCCGGGCUGCACCUCGAUUCUUCGCUUCGAACGCUCCUAGCAGAGGACAAGCUGAAAGACGACGCUGACUUGAUGCCGCUGUGGUUGAGGGCGGCGGCAGAGCGAUAUGAUGGCAUCGGCGGCGACCGGGUCAAGAUGGACUUUUCGUCCAUGGUGUCUGGCUUCUUCUUCCCCAUCAACAUCUCCAGUACCGAUCCCGAGCGGCCGGACCUCAUCAGACUGGGGGCAGCGAAGCGGGAGCAUCUCCAGGACAUAAAGGCAUACAUACAAAGCGUCUUUAUUGAGCCGAGAAAGUUUGUUGUCAACUGGCAGGCGGUUGUCGAUAUGAUCAUUACUCGGUUUGACAAGAGGCUGGCGGCGAUGGCUUCAACCAGAGUAUCAGCGGAUCAAUUCGUUGAUGAGUUGGAAGGGGCCACGCUCACGUACUAUGAGGCUCCUGGUGCCCCAGGUGACAUCACACUGGCAACGAAUGAAGAUGACAAGAACAGAACUGCCGAAGCCAUUGAUCGUUGUGCUGCACACUACCUCACGCCGGCACUUUUGAGGCAGCAGGAUUGGACUCUGUCAGAUGCCCUGAUUCAUACCGCGCUCAAAGUCGUUACGCAGCGUAUGUGUGAUGACCUAUUUCUCAUGCGAGCAAUACUCCUCCAGGCAACAGCAGAUGCCACACCUGACGCAUACUUGAUCAAGAGAGGAGUCAAAAGCACUGCCAUGGGGAACGCAGUCGACCAAAGCCAGGCUAUUGCCCGCACCCUCGUUCGAGAACUUUCCUGGACCACAUGGAAGAAGCCACAUCUGUGCAGUGAAGAAGAGGUUCUUCUUGUCGCGAUGUGGCCGGUUGGAGACAGCAUCGAUCACUUCAACCCGGGCUGCGUCUCGUUCGAAGAGGCAUCAGCAGACCGGCGAAGCUAUUGG